AAGAGAAGCAGACAAAAGACCCAUUGUUGUUCAAAGCUUUGAAAUGACUUUUUUAUUACGAAAAACACCAAUGCUUGCGCCAUAAACCGCGUUUCUCCAAAAUUCCCACAUUCGAAUAUAUCGAUUGCUUCUUCACUUCACCAAAAUGUUCUCUACAUUUGUUUUUCCCCUGUUUCCACUUCCACCCUUUGUUCAUCAUCGUCAUCAUCAUCAUCAUCAUCAUCAUCAUCAUCAUCAAUCAUCAUCGUUUCCCCAUUCGGAGACACACGGAAAAUUCUGUAGAAGAAGAGACAUAAGUGGAGUGGAUGAAUGGCGAGCAGAAGGGACAUUACUGGCGGAUUUGGUCCUCAAUAUGAUCAUCAAACCACGCCUCCGGGUGUUCCGGGUCGAUCGUUUUCAAAGAGUAACAGUCUCCACGUAGAGUUAUCUUCAGACACCUUGGAACCAACAUCAUUUCAGCACCGCCUUCAAAGAUCAAAAACUGAGAGGCUGAGACAUGAAACCAUAUUUGCAGAAGAUGCAGCUCAAAUACUAGAUAUUAAAAUUCCCAUUGAUCAGAAGAUUAAAUUGUUGCACAGAGUAACUACUGUUAAAGAUGAUGGGUCUGUCGAGUUUGAAGUUCCAGAAGACAUCGAAUCUCUAUCUAUCAAUGUUGAAUCUGAAGAAAUUUUCAGUAAUGUUGAUGAUGAACCCCUUGAUACAUCUGACUUUCAGUAUAUAAGGCCCAUGCAAAUAGUAAUACUUAUUGUCGGAACCCGUGGAGAUGUACAGCCAUUUAUUCCAAUUGGCAAGCGUUUGCAGGACUAUGGCCAUCGUGUUAGAUUAGCUACUCAUCCAAAUUUCAAGGAAUUUGUCUUGCUGGCUGGGUUGGAAUUUUAUCCUUUAGGAGGAGAUCCUAAACAGCUUGCUGCUUAUAUGGUAAGAAAUAGAGGCUUCUUGCCUUCUUGGCCUUCUGAGAUACUUAUUCAAAGAAAUCAAAUGAAGGAAAUUAUUUAUUCCCUUCUUCCAGCUUGCAAAAAUCCCGAUGUGGAUACCGGUAUUCCCUUUGAAGCAGAUGCAAUCAUUGCCAACCGCACAGCAUAUGGGCACACACAUGUGGCAGAGGGACUUAAGCUACCGCUCCAUAUAUUUUUUACAAUGCCAUGGACGCCAACUAGUGAAUUUCCACAUCCAUUAUCCCGAGUCAAGCAACAAGCUGGGUAUAGGCUUUCAUAUCAAAUCGUUGAUUCCUUGAUUUGGCUUGGACUUCGAGACAUUAUUAAUGAUUUUAGGAAGAAGAAGAUGCAGAUACGACCUGUAACAUAUUUAAGUGGUUCACAAUUCUCUGAAUCUGAUGUGCCACAUGUUUAUUUGUGGAGUCCCUACCUCGUUCCAAAACCAAAAGAUUGGGGGCCUAAGAUUGAUGUUGUAGGAUAUUGCUUCCUUGACCUUGCAUCAAGUUAUGAACCUCCCGAGACACUUGUGAAAUGGCUUGAAGCUGGAGACAAGCCUGUCUAUAUUGGUUUUGGCAGCCUUCCUGUACAAGAUCCAGAAAAGAUGACACAAAUUAUCAUACAAGCAUUGGAAACCACCAAACAGCGGGGUAUCAUUAAUGAAGGGUGGGGUGGCCUUGGAAAGUCUGCAGAACCAAAGGACUUCUUAUAUUUGUUGGACAAUUGCCCUCAUGAUUGGCUUUUUCCUAAAUGCAAGGCUGUGGUGCAUCAUGGUGGUGCUGGAACAACUGCUGCUGGUCUAAAAGCUGCGUGCCCAACUACAGUUGUUCCUUUCUUUGGUGACCAACCUUUCUGGGGGGAACGAGUACAUGCCAGAGGAGUUGGCCCUCCACCCAUCCCAGUUGAUGAGUUCUCACUUCCAAGAUUGGUGAAUGCUAUAAACUAUAUGCUUGAUCCCAAGGUAAAAGAGCGGGCUGUCUCGCUUGCAAAGGCUCUCGAGAAUGAGGAUGGGGUCGAAGGUGCAGUGAGAGCGUUCUUCAGGCAACUUUCUCGUAGGAAACUUGAGCCAGAGCCUCAACCUCAGAAGUCAAGUCUUUUGUUUAUUAGGAAAUGUUUUGGUUGCUGUUGAACGUUGGAUUAUUGAGUGGUGGGUUCUCUAUUUAAUUUGCAAAUACUUCUUUUGCUGAAUCUUAUGCAGAAUGAAGAUUUGUUCACGGGAUGGCAAGAAGCGAAAGCAUCAUGUAUUAUAAUUGUUGUAAAUUCAAGGUUAAAGAAAUAAAUGUGAGUUUGACAAA